AUGGUAUUCGGUAUCCUGGGCAAAAACCAGCCCAAGCAGGAAGCAGCCGUGACCGCUCGAGAAGAUGCACCCACUUUCGAGCGAGUAGACUGGAAGCGAGACCCAGGUCUGCGGCAACUCUACUUCUACGCCUUCAUCCUCUGCAUUGCUUCCGCCACCAACGGAUAUGAUGGCAUGUUCUUCAACUCAGUCCAGGUCUUCGAGACAUGGCAGCAUUACUUCGGCAAGCCCACAGGCUCCACGCUCGGUCUGCUGGGUGCUCUGUACCAGAUUGGGGGUCUGUGCUCGCUGGUUAUCGUGCCCUAUUUGGCGGAUAAGUGGGGUCGCAAGCUGCCCAUCGUCCUCGGAUGUGUCAUCAUGAUCAUCGGAGGUAUCCUGCAGGGUUGUGCGCAAAACCUCUCUAUGUUCAUCGGCGGCCGCAUCUUGCUUGGAUUCGGCGGGUCGUUCACUCAGAUGUGCUCGCCCAUGCUCCUGACGGAGCUCUGCCAUCCUCAGCAUCGUGGUCGUUUGACAGCAGUCUAUAACUGUCUCUGGAACGCCGGCGCAAUCGUCGUCGCAUGGCUCUCAUUUGGUACCAAUCACAUCAACAAUGACUGGUCCUGGCGUAUCCCGGCCGUGCUCCAAGCCCUGCCGUCCGUCAUCCAAAUCUGCUUCAUGUAUUGGGUUCCUGAAUCCCCACGCUAUCUUAUGUCGAAGGACAAGCACGAACAGGCUCUAGAAAUUCUAGCCAAGUAUCACGCCAACGGCGACGCUCAACAUCCCACGGUCCAGUUCGAAUACCGUGAAAUCAAAGACACCAUUCGGAUGGAAAUGGAAAGCAAGUCGAACAGCUCGUAUAUCGACUUCUUCAGGACGAAGGGCAAUCGGUACCGCCUGAUGGUAUUGGUCUCUCUCGGUAUCUUCUCCCAAUGGUCCGGCAAUGCUGUCAUUUCGAACUACGCUGGAACGCUCUACGAGCAGGCCGGAAUCAAGGAUUCGAAUUCCAAGUUUGGUCUCUCUGGAGGCCAAACCAUCCUAUCACUCAUCGUAUCAGUAAGCAUGGCCACAAUGGUCGACCGUUUCGGCCGACGCCCUAUCUUCCUCACCUCCACCGGUGGCAUGUUCGGCGUCUUCAUCUUCUGGACACUGUGUGCGGGUCUGUAUGAGCAGCACCAACUGCCUGGGUCCAACGUCGCCAUGAUCUUCUUCAUCUGGCUCUUCGGCUUCUUCUACUCGAUCGCCUGGAACGGUCUGCUCAUCGGAUACACCAUCGAGAUCCUGCCGUACAAGCUCCGGGCCAAGGGUCUCAUGCUCAUGCAAAUCACAGUUCAAGCCGCGUUAUGCCUCAACACGUACGUCAACCCCGUCGCCUUUGAAGGAUUCGGCGAGAACAACUCGUGGAAAUUGUACCUGAUCUACACGUGCUGGAUCUUUAUUGAGCUUUGCGUCGUUUACUUCCUCUACGUCGAAACCAAGGGUCCUACACUGGAGGAGCUCGCCAAGGUCAUUGAUGGAGAUGGGGCGCAAGUUGCACAGGUUGACCUUCUACAGGUGGAGAAGGAGAUGGCGAUGCAGAGUGAUGUCCAUGAGGUUCAUCAUCAUGAAAUUCAGAGGAAGGCGUGA